UUGGUAUCUUGACAAAGGUUCGGCACAGAUCGCCGGAUUGAAGCUGCAAAAAUUAAAGCGGCAGAAUUGCUAGUCGCGACCUGUUGAAAAACCCAAAUAUUUAAUAUCGCUUCCAAAUAUAAAGCAGAUAUAUAACAGUCCUCGCAGUAUAUAUUAACAAUCAAUGUAGGUGUAAUAUACAUUUUAAAAUAAAAAACAAAGGAAAUAAAUAAAACCAUGCGGUAUCGAUAGUAAUGAAGUGAAAAUGGACAUUUAUUCGCGGAAAUCGUGUUGAUCUUUAUCUAAAUUUCAAACCCAUUAAUUAGUGAAAGGGGGUAUGAACGCGACCUGUUAUUAACGGUAUCAACGACUGCUGAAUGACCAAGGUGCAAGCUUAUCUGCAUGUUUUAUCAUUUUUCCUGGUUUACUUGUGAGUUUCACGAUGGCCAAGAUUCCUAUUUUAAUAGCGUUGCUGCCACAGCUACUUUGCACGCUACUAGAAGUAUCCGGACAACAAUCUCCAUGUUCUCAAUACUUCACGUACAUAACCGAUCCUGCAACGAACGAAAUGAUGGGUCAGAUCCAAAUCCCAAACCCGCCAAAAAACGUCGAACUUCAUUUGAAAGUGACGUUAAGCAUCGCCGUUGCGCUGUCCACGAACUACGUCGGUCAAUUAGAAUUAGCGCAAUCGAAAGAGGAAUCCGUUCGAAUAGUUCAACAGGGAAGGCCUUUGUUGUAUCACAUUCGUUUUCCUUUGCGUCAACCGAUUCCUUUACUGACCGGGAUAUGGUUUAAUGAUCAACAAUAUUGUUCAGGCCCUCGUGCAACAGGAUACAUCGUAACUUCCAUCAUGCUGGAGCACACUCUAUACCCACCAAAUGUUUUGCCACUUUCGCAGAGUUCGUAUCCUAAUGGUUCGCCGCAGCAGAAUCCGCCGCCACUCCCGCCAAUUUAUACGACAUCACGUCCAUCGAAUCAACCCGUCAUUAUUCAACAUCCGCCAAAUCAACCUGUUACCACACGACCGAAAAAGAAACCUACCACUUCACAUCCGACUACUGUCUCCCUCUCCGACGGAAUCCACAACAAUCCAUUCCUAAAUCCACCUGAUCAACAAAACAAUAACAACGAAUGCGGUAUCAGUACUCACACUAACAACAUUAAUCUGCUAAUCUCCAAGGGAAUGAAGACCUCACCCGGUCAAUGGCCGUGGCUGGUAGCGCUCUUCAUCGUCAAACUCAAGUUCGAGUUUCAAUGCGCCGGUUCUAUUCUGACCAACAAACAUGUUAUAACAGCGGCGCAUUGCUUCAAGCUAGACGCCCAGACCAAUAUUCCCCCCAGUGCGAUGUUGGUAUCCUUAGGGCGAUAUCAAUUGCGCAAUUGGCAUGAAGCGGGAUCCGUAAAUAUGGAGAUUGCAAGCUAUACACUCCAUCCCGACUACAUUCACCAAGAGUCCGGCGACUCUGAUCUGGCAAUUCUGACUCUGAGGACCCCCGUUGAGUUUAGCCCUACCAUCAAGCCAGUCUGUAUGUGGCACGGCUCGAGCGACCUCCAAAGCGCCGUCAAUAAGAUAGGAUAUGUCGUGGGAUGGGGCCGGAACGAGUUCGGCAAUCCUUAUGUCGCGGAACCACGAAUGGCGAAGGUGCCAAUAGUAAGUCAGGAGGUAUGUCUUUGGAGCGAUUCGCGUUUCGUCAACUUUACCUCGAAUCGUACCUUUUGCGCUGGUUCGCGAGACGGCAGUGGUCCUUGCAACGGUGAUAGCGGAAGCGGACUGGUGCUUCACGAUGCGACCACAGGUCGUUAUCAGCUACGCGGCAUUGUUUCACGAUCGUUGUAUGAUCGCGUCGAGAUGACCUGCGAUCUCACGCAGUAUGUUGUCUUUGUCGAUGUAGCCAAAUAUUCGUUCUGGAUUCAACAACAGAUCUCUGCUACUUAAUAUGCUCCCGUAGUCUUAUUAUAGAUAUAAAAAAUGUGCUAGUCGACAAGCUUUUUUAUAUAAGUUUAUAUAAAGCUAGAAAAAAGAUAACGUAAGGAUUAGUAUAAUUUGAUAAUCUAAAAUAUUUGUUUUAUACAUUAUUUUAUAUUAAUUCUUGUGAAUGCGUGUCGUAUUCAUGAUAUUAAAACAAUACACACACACACACACACACACACACACACACACACACACACACACACACACACACACACGUGUGUGUGUGUGUGUGUGUGUGUGUGUGU